AUGGGUUGCAUUGGUUCAAAACAUGCUGUGGCGGGGAAUAUUUCUCCGGCACCGAUCGUCGGAGAAAUUGUAGAGGUUGUUCCUUCUUCAAAGGGUCAUUCUGGUUUGGUGGUUUUGGAUUCAAAUUCUAAAUCAUCAUUACAUGAAAAUAAGAAUAGCAAGUUAAAGAAAAAUAACUCAAAAAAAAGUAGUGGCUCAUUCAGCUUUAGAAUUGGUUUUACACAAAGAUAUGUUGAAGCUGAACAAAAUGCUGCUGGUUGGCCUCCUUGGCUUACAGCUUCUGCAGCUGAAGCUGUUCAAGGUUGGAUCCCUCUCAAAGCUGAUGCUUAUCAAAAGUUAGAUAAGAUUGGACAAGGUACAUAUAGCAGUGUGUUCCGAGCGCGUGAAGUUGAAACUGGAAAAAUGUUUGCUCUAAAAAAAGUGCGGUUUGACACUUUCCAAGCCGAGAGCAUAAGGUUCAUGGCAAGGGAAAUAACAAUUUUAAGGAGGCUUGACCAUCCAAACAUAAUGAAGUUGGAAGGAAUAAUUACUUCUCGAAUGUCAAAUAGCAUAUACCUUGUGUUUGAAUACAUGGAACAUGAUCUUGCUGGUCUUGUAUCUCGUUCUGACAUUGUUUUCACCGAUGCACAGAUAAAAUGCUACAUGAGACAACUAUUAAGCGGACUUGAGCAUUGUCAUGUACGUGGAAUCAUGCAUAGAGACAUCAAAGUAUCAAAUAUCUUGUUGAACAAUGAAGGUGUUCUUAAGAUAGCUGAUUUUGGAUUGGCAAACUCAAUUAGUCCUAACAAUAAGCACCCUUUAACAAGUCGUGUCGUAACUCUAUGGUAUCGUCCUCCUGAGCUCUUGAUGGGAGCAACCAACUAUGGAGUAUCAGUCGAUCUUUGGAGUGUUGGAUGUGUAUUUGCAGAACUUUUUCUUGGAAAGCCUAUUCUUAAGGGGAGAACUGAGGUUGAACAAUUACACAAAAUUUUCAAACUGUGUGGUUCUCCACCUGAGGAGUUUUGGAAAAAGACCAAGCUUCCUCAUGCAACAAUGUUCAAACCUCAGACUAAUUACGAAAGCUCUCUUCGAGAGAGGUGCAUUGAUUUUCCUGAAUCGACCAUAGGUUUACUCGAGACUUUACUGUCUAUUGAUCCUAGCAAGCGUGGAACCGCCUCCUCGGCUCUAAUAUCUGAGUACUUCAACACAAUGCCAUUUGCUUGUAAUCCAUCAAACCUGCCAAAGUAUACACCCAGCAAAGAAAUGGAUGCUAAAGGUCAUGAAGAUACAUCCAGGUAA